UUGUUUAUCACAUAUUUGGUUGAAUCUCGAAGUGAUAUUGUUGUUCUUUUCUACAUAAACCUAAAGUGAUUUGUGAAAUUUUCCAAUAAUCUGCAUAUUCUUUCUAAAUUAUCUAAAUUCCAAAUCUAACAAAGGUGCGCUCUCUUAAAUGCGUUGUUUGAAGAAUUUUCUUCAAAACGACAGCACAUAAUUUUUCUCACAGAAUAGGUUUAUAAAUCUACAAAUCUGGCUACUGAAGUGAGGUACCGUAUUGGUAUGCGAUUGGUGUUGAAAACUUUCAUAAUCUAUACCAGUUCUGAUCAUUUCUCAGAGAACUAGUCGCACUUCAUUGUUUAGUUCAUAAGGUAUUUGGAAAAUUUUGAGUAAAGUACUUAACUUUCAAUCUUCAACUUCAAUGUCUCUGUUUAUAAAUAAAGAGGAGGAAAUGAACAUGGAAAAACGUACGUCUGAAAAACGUGGAGCACAGAAAACAUGCAAGAAACCCCUACUCAGACAGUUUUCGCCUCUUCUGGUUGCCAUGGUGGGCCUGCCUGGAAGGGGAAAGAGCAUACUUGCCAAGAGAUUGGAGAGAUAUAUGAAUUUUACCGGUGACAACACCAAAGUAUAUGACAUCAGCGAGUACAGAAGGAAGCACAUGGAGAAAUACGCCUCUCACGAGAUGUUCAAGGCUGACAAUCUUCCGGCAUUGGGCAUACGCAUCCAGAGCUUCCGGGAAGCGCUUGAAGAUGCGGCCGCCUGGCUAAGCGAGACCGGCAACAAGUUGGCCAUCCUUGACGGCCCCAACGUAUCCAGGUCCCAGAGAGAAGAGAUCUACGAUCUGGUUUACACUCAGCUGGGUUUCAGGGUCAUGUUCAUAGAGUGCGUCUGCGAGGACCGGAUGAUGCUAGAGAGGAACUUCAAGGUUGGUAACAGUGGCGCCAUAGAAAACAUUGGAGAUUCUGUGGUUGCGACCACAGACUGGAAGUUUUCAUAUUAUUUUUUUUUUGGUGUUGUACAGGAGAUACUGCAGUAUAGUGCGGAUUAUAGGGGGAUGGCUGCACAGGAAGCUUUGAAAGAUCUGACGUUGAAAAUGGCGCAUUAUAAGGCUCAAUACGUUUCUCCUUCGUUGGGCAGCGAGUGGGAACUGCCCUGCCCCAUGGUGAAGGUACUGGACGGUGGAGAGGGAGGAGUUAUUGCCCACGGGGUGAAUGGAGUUAUGGAAGCCAAGAUCUUGUCUUAUAUCUCAACGCCGAGGCCUUUCCAGCAGACCCUUUAUUUCUCUAGGCAUGGAGAAAGCGAAUACAACGUUAUUGGUAAAAUAGGCGGCAACGCCCCGCUCUCCCCUCGUGGACAGAAAUAUGCUGAAUCAUUGGCUAAACACGUUAAAGCUCUCAACUUGCCAUCACUUCAAGUGUGGACUUCCACACUGGACCGAACCAAGGCUACUAGUUCUGGUAUAAAAGCUCCCCAGCUACAUCUUCCGGAAUUGGAUGAGAUAUAUUCGGGAGAAUGCGAGAGUCUAACUUAUGAGGAGCUCCAAGAUCUCUUUCCCAAGGAGCUAGCUCUUAGGGAUCACCAGAAAUUGAAAUAUCGCUAUCCUCAGGGAGAGUCGUAUUUGGACGUUAUGCGAAGACUUGUCCCUGUAUUGAUGCAGUUAGAGACUGAGACUAACGUUCUGGUGGUAUCACAUCAGGCCGUCUUGAGGUGCAUUCUGGCUUAUUUCUUGGAGAAGCCACUGGAGGAGGUACCUUACAUGCAUGUGCCCCUUCACACUAUCAUUAAAGUAACUCUUCAAGGCUACAACUACAACAUAGAAACUAUAAAAAUGCCGAUUGAGUGUGUUGACACUAACAGGCCAAAACCGGCAAACUGUUCGAUGAAUCGAACAGCAGAGGAUGCUCUGAAAACUGUUCCCGCCCAUUUUGAUGAUGUGACUCAGUUGAUCCAUGCCCUGGAAGCUGUAUAAAAUAGUCCCUGUGUUUAUUAGACUGUUAUCGUAGAAUUGAAACAAGACAAAACGAAAUCAGAUUAUGGAGUAGUUUCAGAAAAAAUUUUCAGUUUGAAAUGUUUUUCUACUUUAUUUUGUGAUAUAAAUUACGUCAAAUUUUUUUUGAAGAUUAGGAACCGAGUAUUAAUUUAGAAAAUUUUCUGAAAACUCCAUGGUCAAGCUUAAUUUCAACUAGAUGAAAUGUUUCGAUGCUUCAUUGAGUUUUACUACAUAUAUUUUUAGUUUUUUUUUAUUGAGAAGGUUGUUUGGUAUUAUACAUUUUAAAAUAGAAUUUUUUUAGAAGUAGUUUUAGGUAUUGUGCUAUUUUUUUUAGUGUACCUAAACAGUUUGAAGUUCUUUUAUCUUAUUCAAAUAUUGGAUUUGUUGAUAGUAUUAUUGUGAUGAAUGAUUUUAAGAGAUGUUUUAAUUAAACAUGUAUAGAAUAAAUA